AUGAGUGCCCUGGCUUCGAAGCAGGAGUCGCAGAAGAUCUUCGAGAAAUUGAAGACGAAGCAGGCCAACAAGGUCUGCUUCGACUGUGGCUCCAAGCACCCUACCUGGACCUCUGUACCCUUCGGCAUCUACCUCUGCCUCGACUGCUCCUCGAAUCACCGCAACCUCGGUGUGCACAUUUCCUUUGUCCGCUCGACCAACCUCGACCAGUGGCAAUGGGAGCAGCUACGCAUGAUGAAGGUCGGCGGCAACGAGUCUGCGACCAAGUUCUUCCAGCAGAACGGCGGCACCGCAGCGCUCAACAGCAAAGACUCCAAGACCAAGUACCAGUCGAGCGCCGCUGUCAAGUACAAAGAGGAGCUCAAGAGGCGAGCGGCAAGGGAUGCUAAGGAAUACCCCCACGAGGUGGUCAUCACCGACGCUGUCGAGGAGAACGGCAGCGCCACGCCCUCGGGUGCCGAUGAAGACGACUUCUUCUCCUCCUGGGACAAGCCCGCCAUCAAGAAGCCGACGCCGCCCAUCUCGCGCACGAGCACGCCGCCCGUCAUCGGCCGCACCUCGUCUCCGCUGUCGGCCGGCGGGCUCUCCGCGCCCAAGGACAUUUCGCGCUCCGCCUCGCCCCUCGCCAAGCCCGACGGCAGCGCCGCUGCCGCCAAGCCGGCCGCCAGCCGCAUCACCUCCUCGGCGGCCCUGCGCAAGACGACGACGACGACUAGCGGCCCCCGCAAGGCAAGCGUCCUCGGCGCGAAGAAGGUGCCCAAGCUUGGUGCUAAGAAGGUGACGGCCGACCUCAUCGACUUUGACGAGGCUGAGAAGAAGGCCAAGGAGGAAGCCGAGCGUAUCGAGAAGCUGGGCUACGACCCCGAGGCCGAGGAGGAGGCUGAGAAGGCCAAGGUCAUCAAGCCCGAGCCCAGCCUCGCCUCGCCCGCCGUGCCCAAGGGCGACUACGGCUCCUCGAGCCACACCCGGCAAAAGUCCGAGACGGAGCGCCUCGGCAUGGGCAUGCAGAGGCUCGGCUUCGGCCAGGUCGGCGGCGGCAACAAGGCGGCGCCCGCCAAGAAGGCAGCCACGGGCUUUGGCUCUGUGGGCCCCAUCAAGGCUGCUGCAGAAGACCAAGACGAGACGUACGCGCGCAGCAAGUUUGGCGGCCAAAAGGGCAUCUCCUCGGACGAGUUCUUCGGCAAGGGCUCCUUCGACCCGAACCAGCAGGCCGAGGCCAAGACGCGCCUGCAGGGUUUCGAGGGCGCGUCGGCCAUCUCGUCCAACGCCUACUUUGGUCGCCCCGAGGACGAGCCCGCCGAGGAGUACGGCGACCUCGAGUCGGCGGCCAAGGACUUUGUCCGCAAGUUUGGCAUCACGGCCGGCGACGACCUCGAGAACCUCAGCAACAUGGCCGGCGAGGUCGGCGGACGGCUGCAGGGCGCCAUCCGCGCGUACCUCGGCAGCUGA